AUGCCACCUGUUCCUAGCAAGAUGGUCCUCAUGCACAUUCUGGACAAUGUGUUUGUGCUCUCCCAAGAUCACCCAAUCCGUUUAUGUUUUUUGCAGCAGAGCAUUGAAUCUAUGGAGGAUUUUUUCAGUUUUCUUGAAGAUGGCAUUGAUGCCCUCACUUUUUCACCCACACCUGCUGACGAAGGCAACUUACUUCCACGACGGAUGCCCAUGAAGCUUGGACACUGUUGGCUUCUGCAGGCUUUCUUUGACUGGCAAGUAUUGCUUGAAUGGGAAAAGGGGAGUUUUUUGGAGAAUUCGGAACUUGCUGCAUUGACCAAAGCGGAUUUUACUUGUUACCGACGAUCUGCAAUCAAGAAAGCCUCAACUGCAUCCCUUAUGCCAUCAGCUUCUAUCCUUGGUUUCACCAGGAAGGGCCUUACACCACAGGAUGGGGAGGGUUGUUCUAAGCCCAUCAACUUCGCCAAGUCGCAUAGAAUCGAAAGCAAAAAUUCCUGUGUCUUAAAGGGUUUACCUGAUUCCACUCCUGACAACCUCAUUGGAGAAACUUCGCCAACCAAUAGUCAGGAUGAUGGGGAGCAAUUUCGUGAACGACAAGCUUUUACCAAAAUCAUGAUGAUGGGGAGCAAUCCUAUGGAUGCACUGUACGAAAAUUUCUGGGUUGUGAUAAACCAUGCAACAUGCAAUUUUCGGUGGAUAUCAGUGAUUGCAAGUGUGAUGAAAGCUUUGCCUGUACCGAAAGUGAUGCCAAGUAUGAUGAAAACCUUGUUUCUAUCGAAAAUCUAG